CCGUGCCAGGGGCCGGGGUGAAAGUGUGUGUGGCCCCCGGGGGCGGAGAGAACGGCCCAGGGUAAGGCAGCCGCCUGGCCGCGUUACACUCCGGGGCGGUGGGGGCGAAGGAGGCGAAGAAGAAGAGGAGCUUAUUUAUAACAGGAGGGAAGGUGCGCUUUUACGGCACCGAGCUUGCAGGGCAGGUGCGCUCACCUCUUGCUGGUGAUGCAGGGGAGCCCGGCCCAGCAGCGAGGAGGAGCUGCUGCGUCCUGCCCUGGGGAAGCUUUACUGUAAGCUGCACUUACAAUAAAAGUAACCCGUCUGACCCCUCAGUUUUACCAGCCCUGUCAGAUACAUGGCUUAUACCCUUUUUACCCACCACGCAGUACUGGGUGGUCCCGGAAAAGGCAGUACAGACAGGAGUGUCCUGAAGAUGAAGCCGUGUGCCACCUAUGAGCUGUUAGUGAAUGGUGUCGGGUCAUGGGACUUCACUGGAGGUUUUGUUCCCUGUGAGCUGCUCCUUGUUGGAGAGGACGCCUACCCUGUGCUCCUGAGUGCCAAGAAGCAGGUCCUGAUUGCUGUUUCACAGUAUGGGAAGGGCCGGAUGGUGGUUGUUUCCCAUGAAGGAAUCCUGAAGGGCCCCAAGUUCUCCCAGUUCCUCAGAAAUGCCAUGGAGUGGCUCAAGCCUUGCCCAGAUGCCCUGGUUGGGGUUCACCCUCGGUUGGAUUCCCUGUCCCAGGUGCUGCUUGGGGCUGGCACCCGAGUGCAGGUGGGGGCAGAGCCCAGCCCACCCAUGGGGGUGUUCUGUAUGGAUGCCUAUGACAGCUCCCAGGCCAAAGGCAUCGUGGACUUUGUCAAAGCGGGUGGAGGGCUGCUUGUUGGAGGCCAAGCCUGGUACUGGGCGAGUCAGCAUGGCAAGGAGAAUGUACUGUUUGAAUUCCCUGGGAACCAGGUGACCAGCGUGGCUGGUGUGUACUUCACAGGAAAUGCUGUGGAAAAAGGCAUCUUCAAAGUUGCCAAGAAGAUUCCCAAGAUCCCAUUAGUUGUCCCGCACCAGGCCAACCUGAGCCUUGAUGCUGAAUUUCUCCUGCGCGGGGUGUCGGAGCUGGAUUUGGUGACGGGGGGCAUCCCCUCCACCUUGCUGGUGCAUGGAGCCCUGUCCUUCCCGCUGUGCCUGGACCGCUCCCAGCGCUGCCUCUUGGCUGCCGCACGCUAUGGCCGCGGCCGCGUGGUGGUGGUGACCCAUGAGAGCCAACUGUCCUCCCCAAAGCUGGCCAGAUUCCUGCUCAACGCUGUGUCCUGGCUGGAUGACGGGAGGAAGGGGAUGGUGGCCGUGGAUCCCAGCCUGAAGAAGCUGUGCAGCCUCCUGUCUCAGGCAGAGGUGAAGUCGCAGCUGUCACAGCUGGUGGGUGACAUCAGUGUGUACUGCUGCACUUCUUACAGUGACAGGGAUGCCGAGACGAUCCACGCUUUCGUGGCAGAGGGAGGUGGCCUGCUGGUGGGAGGCCAGGCCUGGUACUGGGCUUCCCAGAACUGUGGCAAAGCUGCUGUGGCAAAAUAUCCUGGCAACAGGAUCCUGAACCGCUUUGGGUUGAGCAUCCUGGGGCAGAGUGGCCAGGCAGCCAAGUAUGCGCCCGUGGGGCCGAGGGAGCACUACCACUUCCGCAGGGCUCUUCUACUCUUCAGCACCCAGCUUCAGGAGCAUCAGGAGCUCACGGAACCCCUGAAGGGCUGGCUGCACCCACUGGCACAGGACUGUGCUGCCUUCCUGCACAUCCCAGCCCACGACUGCCCGGCAUAUGCCUCGCUUCACCGCAUCCUGACCAAAGUGCUCAAGAGGACUGGCAUCCCACAGGUCAGCAGGCACUGCCCGGUCAAGAGCAACUCCAAGGAGGCAGUGCUUCUCUGCAUGGCCACCGAGCUGUCCCUCACCAUGACAGACAGUGCGGCCCUGGUGCAGAAAUCUGCUGCUGGGGUCUGUGCCCUCCCUGUCACUGUGGAAAUUGAUGGCACAAACCCAGGCACUGGCAGGAGAAGAACCCUCAGUGAGCGGAACCACAGGGCACUUGCAUGGCAAAAUGGUUUUGGCAAGAAGGCUUCUCUGAGAAACCCUGGACUCUACACUGCAGGUUGCUGUUCCCGUAGUUGUGCUGAUAGAGCCAUCUAUGGAGCCAUCCUGCAAAGAGGAAAGACAGCCUGGAGGAGCACAGGGCUCUACCUCCCUGAAGGGCACACAGCAGUAAUAACGUGCCCUUGCCUGGUGGUCGGUGCUGGUCUGAAGGUGCAGGUUGGGUGUCACACGGAUGACCUCUCUACAGCCAAGGAGCUGAAACGGGCACCAGUGGUAAUACGCACCUGUGAUGUUGCCUGCCAGAAACAAUCCAUUUCCUGCCUCUGGGGUGGCCUCAUUUACAUCGUAGUACCAGCAAAGAGUGUCCUGGGGAACGUGCCCAUCACGGUGGAAGGGGCAGUCAGAGCUCCUUUCUUCAAGCUUGGGGAGACCUGUGAAAGGCAGUGGGAGGCCUGUGUUCGGCACUACCCUGCUCCCUGGGCAGAACUGGCUGUUGAGAAUCUCAUCCUGACAGUGCCUUCUGACAGCAUCCGCCACAUGGAGGACCCACGGCCGCUGCUGACCCUGUGGAACAAGAUCAUGGUGGCGAUAAGCAGGCUGGCAGCUGUACCAGCAAAAUUCCCAAGGCCAGAGAGGAUUGUAACAGAUGUCCAGAUCUCAUGCGGCUGGAUGCAUUCUGGCUACCCCAUCAUGGGCCACCUGGAUUCAGUGAAGGAGAUGUUAGACGUGAAGCACAUGCAAACUACUGGUCUUUGGGGUCCCAUCCAUGAGCUGGGACACAAUCAACAGCAGCAGGCAUGGGAGUUUCCCCCUCACACCACAGAGGCCACAUGCAACCUCUGGUCUGUCUAUGUUCAUGAGGAGGUGCUGGGCAUUCCCAGGCAUCAGGCCCAUCAGGCACUCAGGCCACAGUGCCGGAAGGAAAGGAUAAAAGACUAUCUGAAGAAAGGUGCUCAGCUAAAGGACUGGAAUGUGUGGACUGCUCUGGAGACGUACCUGCAGUUGCAGGAAGGGUUUGGUUGGGACCCCUUCAUCCACCUCUUCUCUGACUACCAGAAAAUGUCCUCGAUCCCAAAAGACAACACUUCUAAGAUGAACUUGUGGGCACAGAAGUUUUCUCAUCAGGUGAAUAAGAAUCUGGCUCCAUUCUUUACAGCCUGGGGAUGGCCUAUCAAGAAAGAGCUGUCUGUGGAACUGUCCUCUCUGCCCAGCUGGGAACAGGAUCCAAUGAGAUCCUAUAGACCGUAAAGGAAAGCUGCCUAAAUCUUGGUUCUCAUACUAGCUAUGGCCUAUCUUUUUCUCCUUGUGUGCUACAUGAUAGCUCACUAUGUGCUUAGAUUUAUACUGGAUUUUUAAGCUUCUUGCUGCCAGUGGAGGCCAACCCCAACAGAAAUUCAACAGGGAUCAGCAGCUCAUCAACCACCUAAAUUGUCUUCAGAAGAGUUAAAUAAUCAAUGAGCUUUGUUCCAGGUUCUUCACCUCAGGAAGAAUGUAAUUCUGAGUUAUUUAGUUGCUACAGAACCUUUCUCUGAUGAUGCGGAAAUUUUCUGAGUGGAGCAGUCCCUGGACUAGUUUCAAGGACUUUACCAUGGGAAUAGAGAUUUUUAGAGCAAACAGUAUCCUCCACAAUGUUGUAUUCUUAAAUUAUAAUCUCAGUAACAUGAGAUUUUCACAAUUAUUUUUUUGCCCUAAAAUUAUGUUUUACCCUAAAAUCCCUAAUUUUUAAUUCCUCUAAUAGUACAGAACUUCCACACCCAUUGUGAAAGUGGCCUUAUAAUGCUUAUAUACAGGCUAUAUAAUGCAUAGUUGAUACUGAAAUGCUGUCAAUUUCUUCCUACAUUCUAUGACUCUGUGACCCAACAUCCAUCUUUAUGUGAACAAGUCAAUUGCAAGUUGUAGCUGUCCUUCAAUCAUAGCCCAACAGCAAGAUACAUGCUAACAAAAAUGAGAAAGUGGAAACAGGGAGGUAGACUUGAUUGCAGGCAGUAAUGGUUUAACUCAUCAAAGGUUAAAAUAUAGGCAUUGACCUGACAGCCUGAGGGAGCAGAGAGAAGGAAGGCAACAGUUCAUCAAGACAGAGGACCAGCCUUUACAAGGUGCAAUAAAAGUUCUUGUUACUCCCAGCUCUUUCAUAAUUGCUCAGCUAUUAUGGGUUCUGGCAAGCAUGUUAAUGCUUAGCCUAAGAGCUCACUUGUCCCAGCCUAUUCCUUAUGUAUCGGGAAUAAAUAAAAAAAUCACUGUAUAUUCA